AACUAAUAGAAGAUGGUUUUCGAUUCAGAAAUUCUUAACUACAAGACAUAUGCCUAUUCAAAUGCCAACCAUCCUGUGGAAUUGGUUGACCAGUCAAUCAAACUAGUCAAAUCUUUCACUGGACAAGGCUAUACCAUUCCUGCAAACAACAUCCUUGUCAAGAUCCACUAUGCGGCCCUUAACCCCGUGGACAUCAAAAUGUACCAUUUGGCAUUUGGAAUCACCUCUUUAUUCAAUUCCAAGAAGGGAUUUGGGAAGGAUUACUGUGGUGAAGUAGUUGCUGUUGGUUCUGAAGCCGAUACUACUGUUAAAGUGGGUGAUUUUAUCCUGGGUUUGUAUUUCCCUGUUUAUGCCCAAGGUUCAGUGGGCCAAUACCUUAUGCUUGACACUACCAAGAAGCAAGAACGGGUGUUUACUACAGUUGCUUUGAACCUUUCCCAUGCUGAAUCUGCCAGUUGGCCCUUAGUGUUGGGAACAGCCAUGUACAUGCUCAAUGGACUCGAGUUGGCCAACAAGAAGGUACUUGUAUUAGGUGGGGCAACCUCGGUGGGGAGAUAUGUCACUCAACUUUUGAAAGUAGAAAACAGUAAAGAGAUUGUAGCUACUUGUUCUCCUCGUUCGGAAAAGUUGGUUAUAGAACUUGGUGCCACUUCUACAAUUGACUAUCAUGGAAAUGUUCUUAAUUCCGUGUUGGAAUCGGUAAAAACAUCUGGGGCAUUUAGUUAUAUUAUCGAUUGUACUGGCGGUGAUGAGUUGUUUAGGAAUAUAUCUAUCAUAUUGCAAAAGGGUGGGACGUACAAUACUAUUGUUGGUGAUAAACCUGGAUCCUCUGUUUUGAAUUUAGCCGUGUCGAUAGUUAAGGGAAUGACCAGAGUGGUUGCCUCUAAACUUGGAUUGAUUUCCUAUACCUACAACUACAUGUUAUUGGAGCCCGGGUUUAAUUUCAUGGAUGAAGCCAAGAAAUAUCUUGAAAAUGGCGAUGUUAAAGUAUUUGUUGAUCAUAUUUACAAAUUUGAUGAAUUUAACCAGGCAUUAAAGAGAUUAGAACUGGGGAAUCCUUCAGGAAAAGUUGUUAUUGAAAUUGAUCAUUAAAAUUAUAUAUUUUUAGUCUACCUUGUUGUACGUAAAAAAUUAAAAUAAAUCAUUACUCUCUAAUGCCCGAUUGAGAUGCUCAUAGAUCUUGGGCGUGUCCCAUCUCUUUGUGAUGUUUGAUUCCAAACAUCCACAUAUUAUAUCAUAAAGCCAUUUAAACUCUCGUUUGUGUUCAAUCUUUUUCCAGGAACAUCUCAAAUGCUCCCAUUCCUCUUGUCGUCUUAAAUCCACCAUCGAUGAAGCUGCAAAUGCAUUUUGUGCUUCUUCUUCUUCGUCGCAACCUUCUUUCUUAAGCACCCAUUCUAACAAACACGCCUUUCUUAAAUCGGCCUUGUUAAAUUUUCCAGCAGCUAUAAUAGCACGUAAUCGAGGUUCAUACUGAUGCUGGAAUGGUAGUUUACCAACACACAUGGCGUACAUCAAUACACCUAAAGCCCAUACAUCAGCCAGGGGUCCUAAUGGUGGUGGAGAAGGUAGUAACAAUUCUGGGGCGGCGUAAGGCAAUGAACCAAUGUGGGAAUGGGGUAAUCCGGAAUCAACCCCUUCGUUUAUGCUAGGAGAUGCUUUACCCGCUGUGAAAUCGUAAAUUUCGGGAUAUGUGUUUGGUGUAAGGUGAAUGGAUUGCAUUGAGGGACCAUGGGUUUUGAAAAAGUUGGAUAUACCUACUCGGGAAUCAUCAUGAAUGCUCAAUUCCAAUUUUCGGGAAUUGGGAGUGUCCCCUCCAAUAAGUGGUUUCCUCAUUCCAGCAUUGCUAGACCUGCUUCUCAUCAUUAGCGCAUUUUCAUCCACAGCCAAACUGGCAAUUGGUGACGCUAGGUGCUUGGCGGAAUUUUGUCGACUCACACGAGCACUGUAUACUCGAGACAUCCCAAAAUCGCAAAGCUUGAUUUGAUAUAAAUCAUCGUCUUUUCUUUCAAGUAAUACAUUUUCUAACUUCAAAUCACCAUGAACAAUCCCUUUUUCUUCAUGCAUGUAAAGUAAUGCAUUGACAAUUUGUCUUGUGCAAUCAAUUACUCGUAAUA